AUGUUAACAGUGUUUAUAACAGCACAGGUCCUCAUCGUAAACGUCGUCGCCAUCAAUGCGUUUGUGAUGAUGUACUUCAACAAGAAGAUAUACUUCGGCAAGUAUGACAGUGGACUGUUGGUCUGGACGUUCGGGGUGCCGUUCGUCGGCGCUGUUGUUGCAGCGGUCUACGAGCAGUUUGGACCAAUGGGAAGCGCGUGUUUUAUCGACGCUAUAAAUGGUACCGUUGCGAGUCUGAUUUUCACGACCAUCCCGUUACCAAUAAUUAUGACGCUGAACACACUACUGUACAUCAUGACAUGGUUCAAGAUCCGAAAUCAGGCAAACAAUUUGAAGAAAACCUUAGGGCCGCUUACAAGAACAGCGAACGCACCUUACAAGGCUGCCAGAAACAUGUCCAUGUUUGUAUUGGCCCUGUUUAUACAAUGGUCGUUCACGGCUGUCUUUGGGUCUUGGGCGCUAAUUGUCAAGAACCCAGCCAGGAUCCCGGAAGUCAUGCACGAUUUUGGGCUCAUAUUCUCCAACCUUGGUGGAAUCAUGAAUCUUGUGAUUUUCGUUAAAAUUCGGAAGAAUGAUCAGGAACGACAGAAGCAUGAUCGGAGAAUCAACAACAAGCCUGCAACAGAGGCAGUGCCAAACAACAGCGACCCAAAUAAGCCCAACACAAGCGAUGGCAAGCAGGCUCAUACAACCAAUGAAGUACGUUCUACGUAA